CGCUCGCAGAUGCGAUGCUCGGCGCAACAAGUCAGCCAGCAGACAUUCCAUGUGCUCAGUGCUCCUCUGCCUUCGUUUUGACAACUCCGAGAACCGCUUCUCCUCUUCCAGUUUUGUCUACCUUUCCCCACGGACUUCUUUACUAUCGAAGACAAUGAUGUGGACAUUCGGCCGAAUUUUGUCUUCUGUGAGUGCGCCGUGGAAAUGAUAUACUCGACAGCAUAGCUACCCGCAGCUUCCGCCACGGCUGAUGAUGAUGACGAUGAUGAUGGACCAACAGGAGCAGAGUGAUGACAUCAGUGUCCUGAGCCCGCUGGAGUUGCUGACCGAGGCCGCCAAGGAGGACGAUGGGCACUGCCAACCACAGUUCAGGCUGCAACUGAUUGAUGACCUGACGUAUGAAGAUGUCAAGAAAUGCUACAGGGGCUCGACCGUCAGCAAGUACAACUCCCAGUACCACAAGCUGUUCCAGAGCGUCCCCAAGGAGGAGAUCCUUAUGAAAGUGUAUUCCUGCGCUCUCCUCCGAGACAUCCUACUUCAGGGCCGCCUCUACAUCUCCCGCAACUGGCUGUGUUUCUAUGCCAACCUCUUUGGGAAGGACAUCAAGGUGGCCAUUCCAGUGGUGUCAUUACGGCUGGUGAAGAAGCACAGGACGGCAGGCCUGGUUCCCAACGGGUUGGCCAUCACCGUGGACACCAGCCAGAAGUAUGUGUUUGUGUCCUUGCUGUCUCGAGACAGUGUCUACGACAUCCUCAGGAGGAUCUGCACACACCUUCAGGUGAAUGGGAAGAAAAGCCUUAGCCUGAAGCAGUACUUGGAGGAGCCUAGCUCACUAUCGAUGGAUGAGUUCCCCGUGGUCAAUGACUUCCCCCCGGUGUUGAAGUGGAGGAGGAAGCCGUCCAUUCCAUCCGUGUCCUCCUCUCUCCCGGAUCUCCUUGGUAACUCCACCAGUAAGGUAAGAUCAGUGGACAUCCCCUACCUACCUACGGAGGUUCCACUGACAUUAAAGGAGCGGAGUCUGGAGACAGGGAAGAUCCUCCUGACAGAGCCAGUACCAGAACUGGGCCACAUGGAGUACCAACUGCUCAAGUUCUUCAUCCUGCUUAUCGUCCUGCUCGUCCUGUCCUCCUGCUACCUGGCCUUCCGUGUGUGUUGUCUAGAGCAGCAGCUGUCCUUCCUCAACACACAUCCCACAAUGCCCAUGAGAGAGAGGUGUGGAGAAGUGCCCUGCUGGUUCAAUGAAAAGACAAUGACUUGAGAAAAUCCAAGACCUGAAGCCAAAACUGCAGUUAAAUAGACCAUCCAAUAGGGGGUGCCGGAGAGACUAGAAUCCUCUUGUCGUUCCCUAGAAAGACUAUGGACUGCAGACAAAAGACUGGAAUGGAUGGAGGAGGAUUGGAAGAAGACGACUACAGAGUAGGUGUCAAUGGGACAGAGCCAACGGAGUUCACCUGACCUUUGACCUCAAUGUCCUUGUUUUACUCGGAUUCUGCCAAGGAACUUUACAAUACCAGUCAACUGAUCAGACACUUCCGCGUCCCGGAUUUUAGAGACAGAGCCUGUUGUCAGACACACGGAGCCUGUUGUCAGACACACGGAGCCUGUUGUCAGACACACGGAGCCUGUUGUCAGACACACGGAGCCUGUUGUCAGACACACGGAGCCUGUUGUCAGACACACGGAGCCUGUUGUCAGACACACGGGGCCUGUUGUCAGACACACGGGGCCUGUUGUCAGACACACGGAGCCUGUUGUCAGACACACGGAGCCUGUUGUCAGACACACAGAGCCUGUUGUCAGACACACGGAGCCUGUUGUCAGACACACGGAGCCUGUUGUCAGACACACGGAGCCUGUUGUCAGACACACGGAGCCUGUUGUCAGACACACAGGGCAUUUUUCAACAGGAAUAGACUGUACCCAGUAGGGGAGUUGCUACGAGAGAGACUGAAUAAAGAUUGAAUAUAAGAAGGCAGUCCGAUCAGGAACUCAACCUGACCUGGUCAACCAUUUCCAACCGUAGCCCACCUUGCAAUGUUUACUGUGCAUGGUCACCGAGACAUAACCGUUCCUGUAAUACUAAAGAAAAAUAUAAACUAUUUCAAUGGACACUAUUAUCAGAGGUUUAACAUUCCUGUCAGAAUUUGAAGAUGCUGUGCUCGAGUCUUGUCAUGCCAACUGAAAACAUGCUACUGUGUGUGUCAGGUUAGGUUGUGAAAGUGUGUGUGUGUGUUUGAGUGUAUUAACCAUUGUUUGUGUGACUUAACAAGUGGCUAGGACUGUGUCAAGGUAGUCGGUAGCUUCUCCAUGUCAUGUAAUAAUAGAUAUUGACAGAAUUGUAAAGCCAUUGUCUGUGCAUCUGUGUUGGAUGGAGUGGAACUUUGGACGUGAAUGGAGAGAAAGUGGUGAAAGUAUUGAGAGAGAGAGAGGAGAGAAAGACAGAGAGGAGAGAGAGAGAGAGAGAGAGAGAGAAAGACAGAGACAGAGAGGAGAGACAGUGAGGGACACAGAGUGAGAGAGAGGAGACAGAGCGGAGAGACCGUGAGAGACAGAGAGAGACGGGAGACAGACCGAGAAAGAGAGACUCAGGUUGACAAUGAAUUAGGUUGCUGUCAACUUGCCCUUAAUGUUCCAUGAGGAGGAGGUGUGUACUAUAAAUAUUAUAAUAUUCCAUGAGGAGGUGUGUACUAUAAAUGUUAUAAUAUUCCAUGAGGAGGAGGUGUACUAUAAAUAUUAUAAUGUUCUAUUUCAUGAGGAGGAGGUGUGUACUAUAAAUAUUAUAAUGUUCCAUGAGGAGGAGGUGUGUACUAUAAAUGUUAUAAUAUUUCAUGAGGAGGAGGUGUACUAUAAAUGUUAUAAUGUUCCAUGAGGAGGAGGUGUGUACUAUAAAUAUUAUAAUAUUCCAUGAGGAGGAGGUGUGUACUAUAAAUGUUAUAAUAUUUCAUGAGGAGGAGGUGUACUAUAAAUGUUAUAAUGUUCCAUGAGGAGGAGGUGUGUACUAUAAAUAUUAUAAUAUUCCAUGAGGAGGUGUGUACUAUAAAUAUUAUAAUGUUCCAUGAGGAGGAGUGUACUAUAAAUAUUAUAAUAUUCAAGGAGGAGGAGGAGUGUACUAUAAAUAUUAUAAUGUUCCAUGAGGAGGUGUGUACUAUAAAUAUUAUAAUGUUCCAUGAGGAGGUGUGUACUAUAAAUAUUAUAAUAUUCAAGGAGGAGGAGGAGUGUACUAUAAAUAUUAGAAUAUUCCAUGAGGAGGUGUGUACUAUAAAUAUUAGAAUAUUCCAUGAGGAGGAGAUGUGUACUAUAAAUAUUAUAAUAUUCCAUGAGGAGGUGUGUACUAUAAAUAUUGACUUAACAAAUAAAUACUUAUUUCCCUCAUUAAAAUGAGGGAUGAAUUAAAUCUAUUUAUAACAUUUUUGACAUGCGUUUAUCUUUGAUUCUUGUUGUUAUUCUGUCUCUCACUAUUCAAAUAAACCUUCCAUUAAAAUGA